AUGAUGUCAACAGACCGUUUAGGCCGAACAACAGACAGAAUCAAGGACAGUAGGAAAACAAUGCUGGAGACUGAAGAGCUUGGUGUUUCAAUCCUCCAGGAUCUGCACGGCCAGAGACAGUCUCUCCUACGCACCCACGAGACGCUUCAUGGAGUCGAUGAUAAUGUGGGAAAGAGCAAGAAAAUUUUGACAGCAAUGACGAGGAGGAUGAAUGGAAACAAAUGGACAAUCGGGGUGAUCAUCACAGUCCUUGUCCUCGCCAUUAUCUUGAUCUUGUACUUCAAGCUCACCAGGUGA